CACCCUUGCCCGCGCCCAGGGUGAAGUUCAGGGUGUGCCCGCAGGCAGGUGACUCAGUAGGCGCGACCAACGGCGCGUGACGGCUUUUUCCUCCGCCGCAGGAAGUAGUCCCUGGCCGCGCCGGAUCCCCAGGGAGGAAGCCCGAAGUCCUUGGCGCGUGGCUUCCGGCAGCAGCCGGGCGCAGCCAAUCCCUGCGCUGGAAGGCGCGGCUAGUUCGGGCUGUUGGAUCCUUCCGCCAGGACUGGCGGCACUGAGGCCCACGAGCCGCCAUUUUGGAUGCUGAGCGGUGUUCCCGAAGUCUGCGUCUGCCGCAUUCACUGCUCGAGUCGGCCCGGAAGAGCAGCACAGCAUGCUGGGUUCUGGAUUUAAAGCUGAGCGUUUACGAGUCAAUUUGAGAUUAGUCAUAAAUCGCCUGAAACUGUUGGAGAAAAAAAAAACGGAACUGGCCCAGAAAGCAAGGAAGGAGAUCGCAGACUACCUGGCUGCGGGGAAGGAUGAGCGAGCCCGCAUCCGCGUGGAGCAUAUCAUCCGGGAGGACUACCUGGUGGAGGCCAUGGAGAUCCUGGAGCUGUACUGCGACCUGCUGCUGGCCCGGUUUGGUCUCAUCCAGUCCAUGAAGGAGCUAGACUCUGGUCUGGCAGAAUCUGUGUCCACUCUGAUCUGGGCGGCUCCUCGACUCCAGUCCGAAGUAGCUGAGUUGAAAAUCGUUGCUGAUCAGCUCUGUGCCAAGUAUAGCAAGGAAUAUGGCAAGUUGUGUAGGACGAACCAGAUUGGCACUGUGAACGACCGGCUGAUGCACAAACUGAGUGUGGAAGCCCCACCUAAAAUCCUGGUGGAGAGAUACCUGAUUGAAAUUGCCAAGAAUUACAACGUUCCCUAUGAGCCUGACUCCGUGGUCAUGGCAGAAGCUCCUCCUGGGGUUGAGACAGAUCUCAUUGACGUUGGAUUCACAGAUGAUGUGAAGAAAGGUGGCCCCGGAAGAGGAGGAGGAGGAGGGGGGUUCACCACACCAGUUGGUGGACCUGAUGGAACGCUGCCCAUGCCCAUGCCCAUGCCGAUGCCGAUGCCAAAUCCAAACCCUCCUUUCUCAUACCCACUGCCACAGGGCCCAUCGGAUUUCAAUGGAUUGCCGGUGGGGACUUAUCAGGCCUUUCCCAAUAUUCAUCCACCUCAGAUACCAGCAACUCCCCCAUCGUAUGAAUCUGUUGAUGACAUCAAUGCUGCUAGUAAGAAUGUUCCUUCUGCACAGAUUGUAGGUCCUGGACCCAAGCCAGAGCCCUCUACCAAGCCCCCUUCUCGACCAGUGGAGAGCUACGACAACUUUGUGCUACCAGAAUUGCCAUCAGUGCCAGAUACACUGCCCGCUGCGUCCGCUGGUGCCAACACCUCGGCGUCGGAAGACAUUGACUUCGAUGAUCUUUCCCGGAGAUUUGAGGAGCUGAAAAAGAAAACCUAGGCCUCUUUAGGCAGGCCAGUUCCGUGUUCUGGGAGUCGAGACUGAACAGCUCCUCCCAGUAACCAAGACCCUCCAUCAAAUUCCGUUUCAUCUGUUAACCGCACUGAGCACACCUUUUCUCGGGGCUUUCUUCUACCAAAUUCUGUUGCUUUCCAGUUCUCUGAUCCCGACACUAACAGGAGACUGGUUAGACUCGCGGGGCUCCUGGCCCAUCCCCCAGAAGGGGGCUGCCGGAGG